AUGGGGAUCCACAUCCUCACAAAGUUCCACAAAGGGAACCUACGAGGAGUCGGAGUGUGCGGAGCCUUUGUGCUGCCUGGGUGCUUUGCGGCCGCUUUCUGCCAGAAGAAAAUGCAGGGAUUUGGAGAGUUUGGCAACUCAGUGAUUUGGGAACACCACAUUGUCACAUGGGACUUGUGGGAUCCUGGACUUGCAAAAGGAGUGGGCCAGAAGCGCUUGGACGUUGCAGAAGACAUCUUCGUGGUUCUUAGCGGCUUCGUGGCGCAAUGGCACGCACCACACGAGGUCCGAGAAGUGUGCAGCUUCUAUGUGCGGCGCCUCGUGCGACUGCUGCCAGCCUUUUGGCUCGCCAUGGCAUGGAGCCUGAUUUUCCAACUCCCAUCACUGCGCUGCAUCUUUCUGCUGCAGUGGUCAAAGACAGAAGCAAGGCAGUGCCCCAAUGGUGCCACGGCGACAGUGGCAAUGUUGAUACCAUGCUGGCUGAUUUACCCCUGGACGUCAAGUCCUUUGUGGAAAGUCGGGCCUAGAUUGACCUUGGGCCUGGCAGCGGCAUUUUGGUUGCUAGUGACAUUCCUACGGGGCGAAUUGGACAAUCCCAUCACCAGCCUGGCCAGCUUCGGCUUGGGCGUUGCUGCUGCCCGUGUGGCGCAGGAGGCGGCCUCUGUCCUGCUGAACCUUGUCACCCCGCCACCCCGGCCGCCAAAGGAGCCGCCGGCAGAUAGCCAGGUCAUUCCACCUCCGCCUCCGCAUUGCGCUACUUCCCCGUCUUUGGGCUCCGCAGCACAUGAGAUGAGGCUUGCUGUGACAGGAGCGCCGCUUUGUGGCAUCGAUGGGAAAUGCUUGGCCCUCAGCAAUAGGAAUUUGGCAACCACUAUGGCGAUUAUGGCCAAUACGCAAUGGACGGUGAAGUUCCCUGGUAAGCCCUUGGGAAGACACUGGUCUCCCUGGCAUGGCGUCAGCGCCUUAAACGGAUACGAGAUGAUCAUCAUGCACAGCAAAGAGCGGGUCAAAUCUCUCAAAGACUCUCCCGAAUGCUUGAGAAAGUGGCAGAGGCUGAGGCAGAGUGGGGUUGGCCCAUACAACUCACCCGACUACUCGGCGGACUACUCACCACACUACUCGCCAGACUACUCGCCAGACUACUCGCCAGACUACUCGCCAUGGAACAUGCAGAAUCCGAGACCCGUGAGACUGCAAUUGGACAAGGUUCUGCCAGCUUCAUCGAUGCCCCCAGAUAUUUUUACGAGUGACAACAUUGACAGCAAGGCAGCAGCAUCUUCAAGUGUGGGAGUCGACAGCGAAGCGGUGGACGAUUCGCCAGAUCCGAUGUCGUUACUUCCCACACUACUGUCACCUGGUGCCGCGUCGCCACGAAGUGACGACGACAAAGGAAGCACCGGAAAUGUGGACAGCUUCUUCUCGGGCGACCCCUUGGCAUCGCUGUUCAACGCAGAUCUGAGAGCUGAAAACGAUCCCCGUGUGCUUUGUACCAGCUCCUUUCUGGCCGACUUUGUGCCCCAAGUCGUUUUGGCGGCUCGGGAUUUUCGAAUCGCCACCGAAGCUGUGGCAUACUCCGCCUUGGCUUUCGGAAGCUUUGUGAAGGAGACAAGCACUGGACCCGCUCUCGCUCAGCAUCAACCUUUGGGUGAUGCCGUGGACAGUCCUCCGCAGCAGCAGCAGUCUCGACAGGCAAAACCAGGAACUUCACUUGACAUGCUGUCAAAAAAGACUGCGCGGCACAACAUUGACUGCUUAGCAAAGUCACAGAGCAAGGCACCCAAUCUGAGAGGUGCUUGCCGCGCUAAUGGUGGCCUUUGUCGGCGACAGGCGCCGGAUAGCUGUUGUAGCUGUUGGAGCUGGAGCUGGCUGACAUUGGCGAUUUCCAGCUUGACGGCGGUCAGGUCUGGUGAGACUCAGGCAUUCCUUGCAAUGGAGCGUUGCAUGGGGUUACUGGCGGCGAUGUACUUCCUUUUCUCAUCAGCAGGAAAGUCGGGCCACGGACUCGUACAAGCAGUUCUGAGUCAUGCUUCACUAGCAGCAGCCCGAGCGGCCCGAGCGGCCCGAGCGGCCCGAGCGGCCCGAGCUCGGCGACCCGUCGAUCGACAGCCGCAGCGCCGCAGCGAGGCGAGUUUGGGGAAGUACACGCUCUACGUCUACCUCUUCCAGGAGCCUUUGUUUAGGUCGAUUGACAUGCUGGUUCCUCUCAAGCACUCAGCAGAAGGUUUUGCCGCUGCCUCUGCGGCAAUGGUAUGUCCUUAUGGGAUGCUAUGGGGCUAUGGGGUCAUAUGGAUGUCACAUGGUUUCAUUAUGCAAAAAAUACAAUUUUGA